CUCUGUUGUUUCUCUCGCAAGAUGCUUUAAUAAUGUUGAGGCCCGGGGUGUGGGGAAGGCCAGUCGAUGAAUGAUAGUGGGUAUGUGUUUUCAAUUUACUGCAUUGGUGGUGUGUUCAGGAUUACUGUCAAGCUGACAAAUGAAGCAGUUACCAAUAACGCGAAAUUCCUUGUGUAUCCCAUACCACUUGUGUGAUUCUGAUUCACGCGCCGCUGCAAAAAUUCCCACAGUCGUGAAAGCAGCAGAGAUGAUGCUGCCACAGAUCCGUAUUACCUCGCUAGCAGGUUGUAAGCUAACUGAAUACAGGCAGCAAAGUGCGGGCAGAAGGUGAUGUUCCACCCAUUUUAACACAGGCUGAGCACUCCGUGGUUUUCAUCGACUCUUCACAGGCAGGUCUAACUUCCGAACUUUGGCGACAUGACGACGCGAUCUGAGAGAGAAAAAGCCCAGAAACUGAAUGAGCAGCAUCAGGCCAUUCUGUCCAAACUGCUGAGAGAAGAGGAUAACAAGUACUGUGCUGACUGUGAAGCUAAAGGGCCUCGGUGGGCGUCAUGGAACCUCGGGGUGUUCAUGUGUAUCCGCUGUGCCGGCAUCCACCGCAACCUGGGUGUCCACAUCUCCAGAGUCAAAUCUGUCAAUUUGGAUCAGUGGACACCUGAGCAGAUCCAGAGUAUGGUGGACAUGGGCAACACCAGGGCCAGACAGCUGUAUGAAGCCCACCUACCGGAGAACUUCAGGCGACCACAGACGGACCAAGCAGUGGAAGUCUUUAUCCGGGACAAGUAUGAGAGGAAGAAGUACUACAACAAAGAGGCUUUGGCCACAGCUCAACAGAAGUCGUCUGAAGCGACUCCUCCCACCACCUCGCCGUCCUCGCAGACUGACAAGAGCAGACAGGAGAAGGAGCAUGAAAAGAAAAAAGAGGAGAGGAAGAAAGAGAAGGAUGGUGACAAAGUGGAGAGACACAGCAACUCAAAGGCAGAGUACAGAGGCAGUCCUAAGAAAGGCACAGAGCCAGCCGUGGACCUGCUGGGUCUGGAUGCUCCAGAGGGGGGUGGGAAGGGCUCAGGCGGUGCUGCACCAAUUGGUGAUGAACUGGAUAUCUUUGGACCAAUGGUCUCCAACCCGCUCCCCUCAUCCAACAACACACAGCAGGCUCAGUCCGGCUCCAGUAUAGCAAGUCCACAGGUGGACCCCUCCACCUCCUCCUCUUCUUCCUCCUCUACUUCCACCACUACCACGGCGAAGGCAGAGGAGAAGAAGCUUUUAUCUAAAGACUCGAUCCUGUCCCUGUACGCAAGCAGCUCAGUGGGCAGUCAGCCACAAAGCCAGCAACAGCCUGCUCCAGGACAAGGCGGUGUGUACAUGGGCCAGCCUCAGAUGCAGUUCACUCCACAGGGCUACGCCACAGCAGUGGCUGGAAGUAUCCCACCCACCACCACCAUGAUGGGGGGAGGGGCCGUGGUGUCUGGCAUGGCCCUGCCAAAUGGGGGCUACAUGAGCAUGCAGCAGGGUGCGAUGCCUGCCAACCAAGGACAGAACAUGUACAGCAUGCAGCAAGGACAGUGGAGUAUGGGCCAGAUGACCCAGCAGAUGUCAGGCAUGGCUCUGAGUGGUGGAGGGCCUGCGCCAGCUGCUUCCAGCCAAUCAGGCGCCCCUGGGGCCGGUUGGCCCGCAGUUCCAUCGCCAGCUUCAGGCCAGACCCUCAGCACUCAGCUGUGGAAGUGACAAGGAUGGAGUCCAGAGGAUGAGGUGGUGGGGUGGGGAGUGGAGGGCAGCAACAUGGCAAGAAAACAGCCAUAUUUUCCAACCAAUCCAUGUCCUUACAGCUCUGAUUAUAUACAGCAAGGACAGUCCGUGUGCCCCAACACACCUUCUCCGCAGUUCCUUUAGAGGGCCAAGAUGACAUCACAAUGGAUUGAAGCAGUAAAAAGCAAAGCAAAAAAAAAAAACCUGGCAACCGCUAUGUUGCGUCUAUAGUCAUCUUCCUCUUCUUUUCUGAUUUCCUUUUUGUUGUUGUCGGAAAAAGACAAAGAAAACAAAAGAGAUGUAACAAAGCUGCUGGAGCAAAAACUCCAAGUGUCUGUAAUACUAAGAUGAUAUCAUUACCGAACUGGAUAGUUAGUGAGUAGUCUCUCAGUAUCUGCAGUAGAAUUGGCUGUCUUGUGGUUGGUCUAUGCUACCUGUCCUCUCCCUUCUCUCUACACUGUAUAUUGUAAUGGUCCCUCUUCCUUCCCUCCCUGCUCCUUUAGGGCAAGCACAGCCUCGUAGCAGAUAAUCAUCCAAGCAGUACUGUAUUUAUGUGAAAAAAAAAUGUGAAUCUCCUGUUUUUUUUCAGAGGCGAGAGGUCAAUGCUUCAGCUCAGAAAAACUUUGGUUCAAGGUUUUUUUAGCCUCUGCUGAAAUGAGGUCUCGCUGACCUGCUAAUACAGUAGGUGUUACUUUUGUUUUUGCACUAAUGAUCAAACAGUUCAGCCAUUUUCCCUUUGAAACGUGUGAAGUCAAGCUGUCUUGUUACAGUCUCUGCGGGUUCAGCUUAUUCCCACAGCAGACAGUGUACUGAUUACAUACACCAGUGGUUUUCAGUUGUAGGGAAACCACUUGCCCAAGGUUCAUAAUAAAUUUCUGGGUUUAUAGUAGACUUUUUUUUUUUAAAUAAACAAUUAAAUUGUUCCAUUUUCUUUUCUAUUUUAUGGUUUUUGUUUUGAUAGUAAUACUUUUAUUAUAAAGUAUUAUAUAAUUAUAUAAUAAUAUUUUAAAGUUGGAGAAGUAAAAUAUGUUAUGCUUGGGCUUGCUGACAUAUAAUCUUAAACUACUGUUUUCGCCACACAUACACAGAUUUAAAUAUAUAAGUACAUAUUUUCUUGAAAAAAAAAAGAAGAACCUUAAUGUUUGCUGUAAAGCUUGAAGCUAAGAUGCAGUUAGCUUAAUUUAGCAGACGAUAUGCGGAUAUGCUAAUCUGGCACUGUUCAUAAUGAUCCAAAAAAAAAAACAAAAAAAACAAGCAAACUGAAGUCUCUCUUAAGUUAAGCAAAAUCUCUAAUAUAUCACAAUUCAAACAAUUCACACUGUAAAUGUAAAUAUAUUAUCACAGAUUUCCCGAUUUCUAGACUUUGCGUUAUUGUAUGCUGUUAGCUGCUCGGCAAUUGAUUCACAAUUAAGAUGCCAGAGUUACUCGACCCUUAGCUUAUCCUUAUUACAUAUUCGCUUAUAUGUCAGACGAACAUCAAUGUGUGUUGAUUAGAUUAGUUUUCAGUUUUUAUUUUUAUUUUUGACUUUUUAAAACUGUUUCAAAUCUUUCCGUUCAUCUAGUUGCUACAUAGCGCUAGGGCAAUUCUUAACCUACAGGUGCUAGCUAAAAGAUUUUUCUGGAACUGGUCACCGACUCACCUGCUUAGUUAUCUAGCGACAUAACAGGGACACACUGCAAUAACUGCACUCUUUCAUCUUGAAUACCAUGAACAUACAUCUCUUUAACAAACAGAAGCCAUUAGCACAGUUAGCGUAGUUAUUUACAGGAGCUAAUGUUUAACAAAGCUGAGGCUUUGUUUGACGUCUUUUAUCGUUAUAUGUAUUUAUACACCCAAACACACGUACGUGCAUACACACACAUCUCAUUACCCAGUAUACUUUGUCAACCGAAGGUAAACUUGUCCAUGUUUAUCAAGUUGAUGGCUGCAUUAAAAAAACAACACAAACCUUCAAAUGUCAAACAUUCCCUUUAAGUCUCAGUAAUUGCUGGGCGGUCCCGCAGUCCCCUGGGUGCCUUUGGUAGCCUUGCUGUGAUGUUUUGAAGUGUUUCAAAACCAAAUGAGUUAAGUUUAGUGCAGACUGGGCUCCAACCCAGUUAAAAUAUUCCUUGUUGUUGAAGUGUGCACCGUCUCCCAUGCGCCUUGAGGGAAAUUAAAUCACCACUGGAAUCCUGGGAUCACAGCAGUAUGUCUCAACUAAACUUUAAAUAGCAGAGCAGGUACUGUAUCAGUGGUUGAUUGUGAUUCUGCGUCUCAGAUUUUUGUUAAGUGGUAAAAAAAAUAGAAGAACUGGCAGUGUGGUCCCAACUACUGAGUUGGAAAUCUGCCUUUUUAUUUGAAAUUCUGGACCUGUGUGACACCCAAAAUGCUUGUCCUUCCAUGUAUGAUGCUGUAACCGUAUGUUCCGCCAUCCGCCGUGUGAUGUUUUGUUGUGUGUAGUACAAGAAAAGCACAGUUAGUCUGCAGCAAAUAAACCUGGAUGACCAGUCAGAGGGCUAGACUGGCAGCGGGAAUGGGACUGAACAGUGAAAGAUUAAAGUGGACCUGUAUGAAAAUCCUGGAUGGGUUCAUCAUUACAUCAUCAUUACUCUUCAGUUCUCCUAAGAACACACAAGCAAAACACACCUACACACAGAUCACACUGCCGAAUGCCGAUGCAGAGAUUCAUGUCUGUACAGGGUCCCUCUGCCAUGCAAUAACUGUAGCACUCUGUGGGAGAACGUGUAUAACAACAUAUUCUUAAUAACUUAAUGUCAUCCAGGUUUAUUUCCAGUGUGUUUACAUUUUCUGGUGCCUAGUACAGAGAAAAAGAUGUGUUUUAUGCAUUAAAACUGUAAAUAUACAGGAAAUUUUCUGUGAUCAUCUUUAUUUAAUGACUCUAAAAGUAUGGUUUUAUCUUUUUCAGAUCUUUUACUUUUCUCCUUUUUUUCUGAUGCCUGUUUUACAAGUGAGUCAUUUGAAAUAAAAGCUGUUGAAU